UGGGCCAAUGGGGAGCCAGCGGGGUCCGCGCGGCGGCCGAGGCCUCGAGACCCUGAGGUGAAAAUGAGCUCUUCGGUGAGGAGGAAAGGAAAGCCGAACAAAGGAGGUGGGAAAGGGUCAUCUAAUAGAGGCGGCGGAGGAGGAGGAAGAGGACGAGGAAGAGGAAGAAGUCAUUCUAGUAAACCACAAGCCAGUGGUGGAGGAGGUGGCAGUAGAAAAGGAUCAAGCAAGAUUUGGGAUGAUGGAGAUGAUUUUUGCAUCUUUAGUGAAUCAAGGAGUUCCUCCAGACCCAGCAACAGUGCCAGCAGGAGAGGAGGAGAAAAACCCAAACGGAGGCCGGAAGCCAGGACCCCUCUGCAGACCCUCCACAUGACUUCUGAGAAUCAGGAGAAAGUGAAAGCUCUUCUCCGGGAGCUCCAAGGACAGGAGCCGGAGCCGGAGCCUGGAUCCGAAGAGGGGGCUUCAGGAGAGGACGAGGAGGAAGAGGAGGAGUCUGAUUAUGGUGAUGAUGAGCAGAACUGGUCAGCCGGUCAGGAAACUUCCCGAGUUCCCGACCACGCUCGCUUGGACCGUGCUGGCUUUGCCCCCGUGGAGUCCAGAAUCCCAGAAUUUGAGGUUUCUCCUUUUGCCAUUCAGAAGCUUUCCAGAUACGGUUUCGAUGCCGAACGCUGCCAAGCAGCCCUGAAGUCCUGCGACGGCGACGUUGGCGCAUCGUUGGAGCACCUGCUGUCGCAAUGCUUUUCGGAAAGAUAUGCAGAGAGGAUGAAGAUCCCUGAGGCAGCCAUCUGUGUUAAUCAGGCCGAGUGUCUGGAACAGAGACGGGAAGAGGCGUUGGCUCUCCAGUCCAUCUGCGGGGAAAAAUUUGUAGAAAGGAUUCAGAACCGAGUGUGGACAGUUGGAUUGGAACUGGGGUAUCUAACAAAUAAACUCAGCAAGUCAAAGCAAAGGGAGAGUGCCAAAGACGUGGCCAAGCAAGUGUCAGGUGAAAUCUGUAAAUUUUACCUUCAAGGCAGUUGCAGAUUUGGAUCAAAAUGCAAAUUCAAGCACGAAACGCCCCGGAAGCAACCAGCAAGGAGAGCGGACGGCUUUGUAGAUGAUGCACAUCUUAGGCCGAAUGGCGAUACCUCCUUUUUAUACGAGCUUGAAAUUCGCUUUUCUAAGAACAGCAAAUACCCCUUCCAGGCUCCCCUUGUGGCAUUUUACUCUACCGACGAGAACCUACCUCUGGCUUGCCGUUUACACAUUUCCGAGUUCCUCUACGAAAAGGCCCUGAUGCUGGCAGAGACUUCGGAACCGGUCGUUUAUUCCUUGAUAACGAUUUUAGAGGAUGAAUCUGAAAUAGUUAAGUUACUAACAAAUACCCAUCACAAGUACAGCCUUCCUCCUGUCAACCUUGUGUCAACAGUUCCCAAAAUGAGCGUAGCAGCGAGUCGCAAACCGGUGGUUCCCCAGAGUUCCUUUGUUUCAAAUCGGGUGCUGGAAGUCAAGAAAGAGUCGGAACCCGAGGAGGAGGAAGAUGAGGAUGAAGGUCCAGGACCUGUGAUGGUGGAGAACGAAAGCUACGUGAACCUCAAGAAGAAGACUUCCAGGAGAAAUGACUGGUCAGCCAAAUCUGUCCAUGUUGAGAAUGCUAAAAUCUGCAAGCAGUUUCGGAUCAAACAGGCUUCCAGGCAAUUCCAGUCAAUCUUGCAAGAAAGACAGUCACUCCCCGCAUGGGAAGAGAGAGGCACCAUUCUCGAUUUGCUGAGCAAGCGGCAGGUGCUUGUCGUGAGUGGAAUGACUGGAUGCGGGAAGACCACCCAGAUCCCUCAGUUCAUCCUGGACGAAACCCUGAAGGGGCCGCCCGAGAAAGUAGCCAACAUCAUCUGCACCCAACCUCGCCGGAUUUCCGCCAUCUCUGUAGCCGAGCGUGUGGCCAAAGAGAGGGCGGAGAGGGUCGGUCUCACGGUUGGAUACCAGAUCCGGUUAGAAAGCGUCAAGUCUUCCGCCACGAGACUUUUAUACUGCACUGCUGGAGUCCUGCUGAGAAGGCUAGAAGGUGACACGGCUCUACAGGGAGUCACCCACAUUAUAGUGGACGAAGUUCACGAAAGGACAGAAGAAAGUGACUUUUUGCUGCUGGUUUUGAAGGACAUAAUAGCGCAGAAACCAGAUCUUCGUGUUAUUCUAAUGAGUGCCACCCUGAAUGCGGAGCUGUUCUCGGAAUACUUCAACUUCUGCCCCGUCAUUAACAUUCCAGGUCGAACAUUUCCUGUUGAUCAGUUUUUCCUGGAAGAUGCCCUUGCUGUGACUAAGUACGUGUUAGAGGACGGUAGCCCGUACAUGCGCUCCGUGAAGCAGACUUCAGAGGAGAAACUCAAAGCGAGACGCAACAGGACGGCCUUUGAAGAAGUAGAGGAGGACCUGAGGCUCUCCCUCCACCUGCAGGAUCAGAACUCUGUCAAGGAUUCAGUCCCAGAUCAGCAGUUAAACUUUAAACAGCUCAUGGCUCGCUAUAAAGGCGUUAGUAAAUCGGUCAUAAAAACAAUGUCAGUCAUGGAUAUGGAGAAAGUUAACCUGGAAUUAAUAGAGGCCUUACUGGAAUGGAUUGUUGAUGGAAAGCAUUCAUACCCACCAGGUGCCGUACUGGUUUUUUUACCGGGGCUAGCAGAGAUCAAACAGCUUUACGAACAGUUGCAAUCAAAUGCUCUGUUCAACAACAGGAGAACUAAGCGGUGCAUCGUUCAUCCACUUCACUCAUCCCUGUCCAGUGAAGAGCAGCAGGCUGUCUUUAUUAAGCCUCCCGUGGGCGUGACCAAGAUCAUCAUCUCCACCAACAUCGCCGAGACAUCCGUCACCAUCGACGACGUCGUCUACGUGAUCGAUUCGGGGAAGAUGAAAGAAAAGAGGUACGACGCAAGCAAAGGAAUGGAGAGUCUGGAGGACACUUUUGUUUCACGAGCUAACGCUCUGCAGAGGAAGGGCCGCGCCGGCCGGGUGGCAUCGGGAGUGUGUUUCCAUCUAUUCAGUAGCCAUCACUUUAAACACCAGCUUUUGAAGCAGCAGCUGCCGGAAAUUCAGAGAGUGCCCCUGGAACAGCUCUGCCUCAGAAUUAAGAUUCUGGAGAUGUUCGCCGAUCACAGCCUUCAGUCGGUGUUGUCGCGGCUCAUCGAACCCCCGCACGGCGAGUCGCUGCGGGCCUCCAAAGUUCGACUGCAGGACCUGGGAGCGCUGACUCCCAACGAGAAGUUGACCCCCCUGGGGUAUCACUUGGCUUCCUUGCCGGUGGAUGUGAGGAUUGGCAAGCUCAUGCUGUUUGGGACCAUCUUCCGUUGCCUGGACCCCGCCCUCACCAUCGCUGCCAGUUUGGCUUUCAAGUCCCCUUUCGUGUCUCCCUGGGACAAGAGAGAGGAAGCAAACCAGAAGAAGCUGGAGUUCGCUCUUGCCAACAGCGAUUACCUGGCCCUUCUUCAGGCUUAUAAAGGUUGGCGCCUGAGUAUCAAAGAAGGCGCUCGGGCAAGUUACAACUACUGCAGGCAAAACUUCCUGUCGGGAAGGGUUCUCCAGGAGAUAGCCAGUCUCAAACGGCAGUUCACCGAGCUGCUCUCCGACAUUGGGUUUGUGAAGGAGGGAUUGAGAGCGAGGGAGAUCGAGAAGAGGUGGGCGCAAGGAGGCGACGGUGUGCUGGACGCCACCGGGGAAGAGGCCAACUCGAACGCUGAGAAUACCAAGUUGAUAUCGGCAAUGUUGUGUGCUGCUUUGUAUCCUAACGUAGUCCAGGUCAAGACCCCGGAAGGGAAAUAUCAGAAAACCAGCACCGGGGCUGUGAGAAUGCAGCCGAAAGCGGACGAGUUGAAGUUUGUGACCAAGAACGACGGCUACGUUCACAUCCACCCUUCGUCGGUGAACUACCAGGUGAGGCAGUUCGCCAGCCCGUACCUGGUGUACCACGAGAAGAUCAAGACCAGCCGGGUGUUCAUCCGGGACUGCAGCAUGGUGUCCGUGUACCCCCUUGUCCUCUUCGGCGGAGGCCAGGUCAACGUGCAGCUGCAGCGCGGAGAAUUUGUCGUCUCCCUGGACGACGGCUGGAUCCGCUUCGCCGCCGCCUCGCACCAGGUGGCCGAGCUGGUGAAGGAGCUUCGCUGCGAACUGGACCAGCUCCUGCAGGACAAGAUCAAGACCCCCAGCAUGGAUCUCUGCACGUGCCCCCGAGGCUCGCGGAUCAUCGGCACGAUCGUGAAGCUGGUCACCACCCAGUAGAGGCCGGCUCCGGGCGGGCCCAACUCCCCUCGGCCCCCCCCCCCCGAACCCCAGCCCCGAGGGGACGCCCGGCCCCCGCCCCGUCAACAAGGGGACCGAGUACCUGCCCGAAGACGUUCGGGGACAAACGAAACCGAGGAUCUUCGGCCCAGCCGACGGCCAGCCCCCCGCCCCGGGGAUGGCGUCCGUCGUCGAGGGGGAACGUGGAGAAGCCCUCCGACGCCAAGCCAGUCUUCUUUCCCUCUCUUUCCCGACCCUGGCAGGAGGCGAACCCGGCCUCGAGCGAACAGAACCGUUGACGCCGCCCCGCGCCGGUCCGUGUCGUUUUCCCGGCGAGCGCUUCUGACCGUCUCUCAGCGGAGGGACUUCGGUUACACCCCUCUCCCCCGCCGUUGGGCUGCUCGCUUCAAGGACUAAAAACCUCCUUCAGACGCCGGGGAGCGACAGGGCAGCAGGGUACGCCGCGGCGGGGACGCAGAGGGGCAGUAGGUGAGUAGGGAGACGAGGUGUCCAGCCCGGGCCUCGGGGAAUUUAGAGAGGUUGGAUCUGUAGGCCGUCGUUGCCUGCGACACCGGGUUAGCGAGGACCGGCCCGGCACUGAGGCGUGAGCCGGCCUGGUCCUUUAGCGAGAUCGUCGUCCUUCCGAGAAGACGUGUGAGGAUGUCCGGCCCAGUGUUUCAGGCCUGGGCCUCUUCGCUUCAUCGUUUUCGCCACGUUCUCUCCGGCCUCGGGCCUCUCGACUUCAUUUUAAGGUUAGGCGGACUCUCCGCGGCAAACGCCACGGAAGAGCUUCCGGGCCGGGCGUAGAGAUGAGUCCUCUGGCCGCGUUCUCCUGGAGGUGUGCGAUGUGGGGCCUGUAGAUUCGUCCGGUCUUGUCUUCGUUUAUACCGCUGCUUCACUCAAUGCUGCGCUCGCGUCGGGAGAGGAGACGGACACGUCCUCUGGCGGGGCGGUAACCCGGAAGAAAACGGAGGUCCGCGGGGGGAGGGGAAGAGAGGAUCUGUCACUUGGCCUGGCCGCCGAAAGCCGUUCAAGCCGUCCCUCUUUCCUCGAACCCGAUCGGAGAACCUAAUGAUCGGCGGCUGUUGGAGAGUUUCAUCCGCUGCUCCGGGAAAUCUCCCAGACCAUCCCCGGGGAUCACCUUACCGAGGCCUUUCAGCCGGAGGAGCUCUCUGGCCAGAUCACUUGGAGGGACAGCGGUCCGGGUCGAGUCAGAUCCGAAUCCCUCGUCGGCGUCAGCCGUGCGACGGUGAAGUGGUUGGUCCUGGGAAACGAGGAGAUGCCGACCAGCCACAUCUGGUCCCCCGCAGGAGAAGUAGAGGUAGAGAGAGACCCCUUCCGCGACUCGCAAGAGGGCAUCGGCCCACUGGCGUGGGGCCCGGGCCCUGGAUUGCUCUCUCGGGCCCAAGGUCCCGGUUUCAAACACAGCCCCCGAGACCUUUCCCUCUGUCAAAAGUGGCUUGGCCUAAGGAAUUCUGUCCGGGACGCUGCUAACUCUCACCAGGCGUUACCGGUUCCUUUUUUUUUUUUUUUGGGGGGGGUGGGGGGGAAAGCCUUCCUAGCUGAGAAGCUUCUCAAAAUUCACAUGUUAAAAAUCUUGGAACAGGAAAUCCAACAGCAUUGCCCUCUGACUGGGGAGGAGACAAAUGUAAGUUGUGUGGAAUCUUUCCAGGGGAGAGUUUGUUUUCUAAAACACCAGCAAGACAGAUAAACGUCGGUGGGAUUCAGUGAAUGGCUUAUUAAGAUCAGAUAUUUAUUUUACUAUUUCUGUAAUCCGGCUAAAAAGUAUUAUUAAUAAAAGUGUUUGCCACUUA